AUGGGUCCCUCUUAUCGCACCUCCUAUCAGGCAAAGCAGGAAAAGGAGGUUGUCGAUCUUGAAGCCCGCGCCUUGUCGCCAAAAGGCAGCCUCGUUAGCCCUAGCUUGCCUCAUGCUUCAAGUUUUAGGCGUCGCAGGUCGCACAGCAGGCGAGCUUUGAAAUGGAUUACCGCGGGCGUGUUCAUUCUAUGCCUGGUCGGAUGUAUCCUGCGCAUCAGCUCGCAUGUAAAUGUAUUGCACUCUCAGCAACUGGACUAUGAGCCCAUUGAUGUGGUGGCAGUUUCCCUGAAGCCCAGCUGCGUAACGCGGGAGGCGAUCACCUCUCUGAACCGCUACCUACAGCCCCGCGCCAUUCACAUUAUCACAACCAGCAGUGUCAAGUGCAGCAUUUUCUCCUUGUUUGCGGACAACGUCGUUUGCCACCUGCAGGAUAAAUUCCUAGACGGUGUCACCGUUGACCGUGUCGGUGACUUCUUGCAGCGCCGGCUUGGCCUUGACCAACAUAAGCGAUUUAAAGGCCGGGAUAUGUCUGGCUGGUAUAUGCAGCAAUUCCUCAAGCUGGGCUCUGUGCUGGCGCUCCCAGGCCUGACCAUUUACUACGUGGUAUGGGACCUCGAUAUGAUCCUGCUGUCCCCAGUGCAGCUAGUGUGGCGUGACCGGGAACUGCCUGGGGGCGGCCUCGUUGAUAUGUCCGCCUCCGCCGGGCAGACCCAGACGCUCGUCAACAUAGGUGGCUCCGUGGCCCCCGGCUACAUGGCCAGCUUUCAGCGACUCACGAAGCAUGGCCUAGAGUUUGCACCCGACGGCACGUCUUUUGUGACACACUGGAUGGUCAUUUACAAACCCUACCUUCUGGAGUUUCUCCGGGAGCUGUCUAACGACGGUGAUGGGCCAACGGACUGGGUGUGGCGCAUCCUAGGGGCCGUGGAACCCCGUUAUGCCGAUUUGGGUUUUAGCGAAUACGCGUCCUACAUCAGCUGGGUACGGCAGCACUACCCCCAGUCCCAACGCCUGGCUUCGCGCAAGACGUGGGUGCGGCAUCCCUUUGGACAGAGGACUCUGAGUCUUCUGCGACUGCUGCGUACCGAUCGCUGUUGCUGCCCCAACGGCCUGUUGCUAUGGUUGCUGCGAUUGCUGGGAUUCGUGUACACUGGCUACGAGGUUGGGCAUAUUCCGGAGUGCCGCUAUGAUGCAUCCGAGCACGCCAUGUCGUACGGACUGUAGCAAUGUGACGUUCUUCAGCAGAUCUGCGGUGCGGGCUGUGGCGCACACGACCUCUGGUCCUUUGGCCUUAGGGUUCCGGCCCUUAAUACGCAGGAGUUCGCAGCGAGUUCGACAUGCUUUGUGGAACAUUGUCCACAGCAACCGAUUGGCAACGGGCGCUAUUGGGUCGCCGGUGCUCAGGACAGGAGCAUGUAUGAAUGCAUGGAAAGAAGGUGCUGUAAUGGUGACGCAAGCGUUGUUGGACAGAUCGUGCGGAGGUUGCUGUGCGGUGCUGUACGCCUACCAAUCCUGGGGCCCUGACGUAGUCGGAAUCGGCGGGGCUGCAAACGGCGGAGGCGAGUCUCCAAUUUUGUGCUCCGUUAUCUGCCUGUGUGUUUUACACUCAACAUAAGGAGUAAAGGGUCGCAGGUACACGCCAAGGAUGUACGGUGAUAGCCAGGCCCUGACACAUGGAACCAAAUGACAUUUUUACCUGAUAAUGUUGUGUGUACGGAGGUUUUGCUCUUUGGUCCUGUUGAGGUGCAUGAUAAUGUUAGGGGAUAGGGAGGCAUGAAUUGUUGCAUGAGUUGUGUAACCAUGGAUAGGCUGCGUGGCAGUCACCACCAGUUGAAUGCAACUUAUUGCUAGGUUUAC